AUGAAAGUUCUGGUGAUUUUCUCCAUGGCUCUGGCUGCUGUCUGUGGUCAGUACACGGGAUUCCCAGGUUCAUGGCCCGGUGCCAAUGGAUGGAAUGGUGAUAUCUGGAACCAGAACAUCUUCAACGGCUUCGGCAGCCCCAACGGCAGUCCCCUCGGUUGGAAUGGAUGGAACGAUUGGAAUGGGGCCGGAGUGUCCGCUUACGGGGCUGGUUAUGGUCCUUAUGGAGCAAAUGCCUAUGGUGCCAAUCCGUGGAACUAUGGACGGGCUGCUCCUUGGGGAACGCCUUACGGAAACUACGGGUGGAACUACAACAACUACGUUCGGAUGCCAAAUGCACUGCUUGCAAAGCGAGAGGCUAAAGAAUAA